AUGCUUGAACCGCUGGAAAGACUUCGGAAUGCUAUAAAGCUGGGUAAUUUGCCGAUAACAAAAAGGCUAUUGCAUAGGUUUCCCGAGUUAUGGUUGAAUAGAGAUUCUGAAAAUAAAGGAUGGAGUAAUUUACAUUAUGCUUCAUACCAUGGCAAUUAUUUGAUUUGCUUCCAUUUAGUGUCUUUCAUUAAUAAGAAUUUGGGGAAUAUACAGAAACAUUAUUCCAAGAUAGACUUACUCACGUUUAAUGAAUUAACUAUAAUCCAUUUACCAUUGAUUCACCAUCAUUCACAGACAUUGCAUUAUUUAUUACAAGAGUUUCCAGGAGAACUAUGGUUAAAUCACCCUGGUGGAGAUUUGAAGCAAACACCGUUGCAUUAUGCUUGCAUUUAUGGAUUCAAAGAGGGUAUUAAACUAUUAUUAGAGUUUGGGGCUGCGUGGGAUGCAACAGAUUUAAAUGGUAAUACUUGUUUGCAUUUAUGCUUUCAAUACGGAAAUUUCGAUUGCAUACAAGAUUUAUUGAAAUUUGUGCUAGUAUGUUGUAAAGAUAGAGAUGAAGGAUUAGAAGUUAUUGAAAAAUUCGAGUCAAUCAGAAACGAAAAAGGAUGGCUUGCCAUUGACUACGCAUUCUCGUUUGAAUUGAUUAAACAAUAUCGUUUUUUGAAACAAGAGCUAUUCGUACUCAAUCAGGAGUUAAGCGGAUCGAUGCAAUCAAAUUCAGAGUUCACAAGGUCCAGUUCGUCGUUCAACUUAAGUAAAGAACCAUCGCAAACUUCAUUACAAGAAAAUAAAGUCCUCUCUAGUCCAAUAAUUCCAAUGUCACAAUCCCAAUCCCAAUCACAACCACAAGCUCAACAAGAUCAACAGCAAAAUAAUAAAGAUGUAAAUGACAAUCCACAGACAUCAAAAACGGUAUCAAUCAAGAAUAGAGCCCAUUCACAGUCAUUACCUAACGCAGAUCCUGUCAUAGAUAUUCAGACAAAUAGGAAUAAAUCGAUAAGUACAAGGAGAAGGUCAAAUACUCUAUACAACUAUAGACCACCAAAUCCGAUAAAUGCUAGCUCCCCACGAAAUUCAACAGGUGGACCACAUACUCCGAUAACCACCCAGACAGCGAUAAAUAAUACACCAUCAUUAAAAUCGGUUACUAUAUCCCCUCUGGUAAGGAGUAAUGGUAAUGAGAAUUCUUCAUCUCCCCAGUCUGUUAUAUCCAUUUCGUCGGCCAUCAAUGCAUCUCCUAGUCACUCUGCCAUUCGCAGGAAAAGCAUGAACAAUAUGGCAAUAAUCCCACUAUCUUACCAAAACAAUGACGAUCGUGAUCAAAGGCGACCAUCUUAUUCUGAGUCAAUCGACGCAAGGACCACUGUAAUGGAUAGAACUCCUAAUAAAUCAGAUUCAACACCUUCUCCUUCAAAACAAUUACCAGAUAUAGUGAGAUUACCUAGAAGAUCAUCAUCGACUAUGUCUAUAGGUGCAAAGCUUGCGACUGAUGAUUAUAGUACAAGCAACCCAGACCAAGAGGAUGCGAAUAUUUCAGCACCAACGAUUACAAAUGAAGCUAUACCGAUGUUAAGGAAAGCAAAAUCAUCAACAACAGAUUUGAACUCGACUCUUUCAAGACAAAAGUCUACUAUCUUGCCAAGUCCUGAGGUUGAAAGCGAUAAUUUGAAACGAUCAAAUAUUAGUAGUAUUAGCUUUAGCCGAGUUAGAUAG